AUGGAUCAGUCGAUUUUGGAAUCCCUUACAACCCCCCAAAGACAGAAAGUCACAAGACAGCUACGUAAAGAACAGGUAAAGAAAUACCUGGAAUUCCUCAAACAGGAGAGAGAAAGUCAUGAAAAGAGAGAGCGCAAGGAGAAUCGCAAGAAAACCAGAGUGGAGUUUGGAGAAACCUUCCUUCUUCAGGAUGCUGUGGAAAACUUUAAUGAUAGAGAGGUGGCUCGUUUGUUACGUAUUGGAGUAAACAAAGACUUUAGGACUGGUAAUGACACAUCUUUGUUACAUAAAUGUGUCGAGGAGGAGAACUAUUCUACGGCUGAGAUGUUGCUCAGAGAGGGUGCUGAUGUCAAUGCUGUCGACAUGGAUGGCUGGACACCACUUCAUAUGGCUUGUCAUUGCCAGGCUGUGGACAUGGUUCAAUUGCUUCUCAAUAAUGGAGCUGACAUAACAAAGCAGGACUUGGAUGGAUUUUUUCCAAUGGACCAUGCACCUGAGGAGUCAGAGACACAAGAAAUAAUGCUCAAACACAUGGAGAAGCAAGGUAUUAAUGAAAAACAUCUGGAGGAGAUUCGACUGAAGCUUCCUCGUAAAAUGUUUAACGACGUCAAGGAUCACCUAUCACAGGGAGGAAGUCCGAAUAAAGGGAACGAGGAUGGAGUCACUCUGCUUCACAUUGCCUGUGCUAAUGGGUACAGAAAAGUGACACGCCUUCUACUGAAGCACGGAGCAGACGUCAAUCAGACUGAUAAUUAUGGAUGGACCUCGCUUCAUGUCGCAUCCAGAUUUAAUCAGAUGAGGAUUGUUCAGACUCUGCUGAAAUCAGGGGCUGACCCCCUCUUAACAGACUGUAAUGGUUGUACCCCAUCACAAGUGGCCAAUAACGAUAACAUCCGGGCUCUGCUGACUAAGGCAGAGAGGAAGCAAAAGAAACGGUUGUCCUGGCGAGACUCGGAGCUUCCAGAGAACCUGGAUGACGACGAUGAUGAUGAUAUAGAAGCAGGAGAUGAAGCUAUGCUCGGUUAUCUUGUACGCAUCAACAGUAAAAAUGUUCGAUCACGGCACACAACUCUUGCUAAGGAGGAUGAGUUCCUGGAGGUGAAACAGAGGAAGAAGAUUGAGAGUAGGACAGAAGAAGAGGACAUAUCUGGGGCAGACAACAGUAACCAUGAUGACAAGGAGUCAGCAGAUGACAUAUAUGAGGAAAUAUACAUUUCUAAAAUCUGGAGAAAUGUCAAUGAGUCCAAGGCCCAACUUCCAUCAGUGAUGGAAUCUGACAAUCUGGCAGAUCUUACUGAUAUCUCUGAGAGUGCCAUUCUUAAAGAAAUCCAGAAGAGGUUUACUGGUGGACAGAUCUAUACCCACAUUGGUGACAUUCUCAUCGCACUUAAUCCAUUUCAAGAUCUUCAAAUAUAUUCCAAGGAGGUGUCACAAAAGUACCAUUCUAAGAGUUCAGUCCCCUUACCCCCACAUGUGUAUGAUGUAGCAGAGAAAGCCUACAAAUGUCUGUUGUCAACCAAUACCUCACAGUGUUGUGUCAUUUCUGGGGAAAGUGGUGCCGGCAAAACUGAGACCUGUAAAUACCUGGUACAACACCUGGUGUGUAUCGCAGGAAGUGAGGAGAGCAACCUCAGGAACAAGAUAUCACAGGUGAAUCCUUUGUUAGAAGCUUUUGGAAAUGCCAAGACUGUGGUCAACUCAAACUCCAGUCGAUUUGCCAAGUUCAUGCAGCUGAGUUUCAAUGGAAAAGGAAAAAUUGUGGGAGCUAACCUGACAGAAUUCCUGCUGGAGAAGUCCAGAGUGGUGUUCCAGGGGGAAUGGGAACUAAACUAUCACAUAUUUUACUGGAUGUUCUCAGGAAUGUCACCAGAAGAAGCCAACCUCUACCAGCUCAGGGACAUCUCAAAACACAGAUACUUGGCACAGAAGGGUUUGGACAUGAAAAGUCUGAUAAACACAACCAAUAAAGAAAAGUUCUGGGAACUCAAACAAUGUCUACAGUUUAUAGGAUUUACCACUGAUGAUAUCCAGAACAUUCUCCAGCUGUUGGCAGCUCUUCUUCAUCUUGGUGAUGUCACAUUUGGUAGUCAUGGAAACCAUGAUGCUGCUGUAGUUUCCAAUCAAGACAAGCUAAAUUUAGCGUCGAGUAUGUUAGAUGUCUCUAGUGAGGAGCUUGGAUCAGCCCUGGUGGCAGAAUUUACCAUGACACGAGGAGAGCAGAUUAGGAAGGAUCGUACCAAACAACAAGCAGGAGAUUGCCGCGAUGCCCUUGCUAAGGCUAUAUAUAGUCGCCUGUUUAGUUGGAUUGUUAAUGGAAUCAAUCAGAUGAUACAGCCCAUUGACCCCAGUGGGGACCAGUACCAGAUUGGCAUACUAGACAUCUUUGGAUUUGAGAAUUUUAACAGAAACAGUUUUGAGCAGAUCUGUAUAAAUCUGGCCAAUGAGCAGAUGCAGUGUUACACCAAUGAGUAUCUAUUUAUGAAGGAGCAGGAGGAUUGUUUGUUAGAAGGCGUGCCAUUGGUGGAGAUAAAUUACAAAAAUAACCAACCAAUCAUUGAUGCUUUCAUGGAGAAAAAUGUAGGAAUUCUAGCCAUUAUAGAUGAGGAGAGCCGAUUCCCAAAAGGAACAGAUUUUUCUCUGGCAACCAAACUUCAUCAGGGUCCAGGAGCAAAGUUCCCGGAGGUCUACAAGGCCCCUAAGGACCGAGGACCCCGAUUUACAAUUGUUCAUUAUGCAGGCGUGGUUCAGUAUGAUUUGAUGGGUGUGUUAGAAAAGAACAGGGACACAAUGCCUAAUGCCAUACUCUGUACCAUGAAGACCAGCAACAGCCUACUGGUAAAGGAGCUGUUUCAGAGCCGGAUAACCAGAACCGGUUCCCUGGCUCCUAGCGCUAGGCAACAGAGAUCCAGAAAGUCAAAACAGUCUCCUUUUGACUUCUUCAAAAAACUCAAGGGAGGUAAAUCUAAAAAGAAACCAGUAGUCCCUGUGGUAGCAUAUGAGAAGAAGGGACCAUCUACAAUGGGUUUUCAUUUUAAGAACUCCUUGUCAGACCUGAUGACAAAGAUCCAGACAGCCACCCCACAGAUUAUACGCUGUAUCCGACCCAACAUUGACAGGAAACCCCUCCAUUUUGUCCCAGAGUACGUGCUGGCUCAGAUGAGGUAUACAGGGAUCACAGAGACAAUCAAGAUCAAGAAACAUGGAUACUGCUCCCGACUCAAGUUCAGGGACUUUCUAGUUGUCUUUGAGACACUGAGAACCUUUGCUGUACCACCCCACAGCAUGAUCCCUGAUGAACAGAAAUGUCAAGAGGUUAUCCGCUUCUGUGGACUGAACACAAACUCUGCUCAUCACAAGAUUGGAAAAUCUAAGGUGUUUUUCCAUGAGGAAGAUUUAAGGAAAAUUGACCAAGUGUCCAAUGAAGUCAAGAAGAAAAUCAUCCUUUGUCAGUCAGCUGUCAGGAGAUAUUUGGCCAAGAAAAAAUUUGCAGAGCUACAGAAGAUUUCUAUGAAGAUGAAUGAGACAAAAGUCCAAGAAUUGUGUCGCCAGAUGGCGUUGCAGCAUGAUAAGGUGACUUCCUGGAUACAGUAUCAGCGAGAACAUGAUGAGGUCAGAGUUCACAAGCUGCAAGAAGAUACAGAAGAAGCAGAUGUUCAGGGAUCUCUAGAGAGUUUAGAUGAUAUCCUGGACCAGUAUGACCAAGUUCCAGGAGACAGAUCCGAAGAUGAUGAAAGUGAGGAAGACUCAUCUUACGCCGAUGUUGCCAAUGUAAUGUCAGACAUGAGUGUUCAGCAAAGACGUGGGUUACCUGCCCCUCCCUGUGGAGCAUUUAUCUCCCCUGAUAGUCCACCCCUCAGUCCCAGGGAAAUGUAUUCCCAGUCUGGAAUUUAUGAUGUCAUUCCAGGAGAAAAGUCCACAAGGAGACCUGCUCCACCGAGAAGAAGUGCCAGUACACGACUGAGCUCGGGAAGGGAUCGGAUUUCAACUUCUAGUGAUGAUCCUGUUUUCUUGGAUGAUCAUAGACAAAGCAGUCGUCAUUCACUUCAUCAGUCACCAGGGUUAUCAACAUCUCCCCAACAAUUCCAUCAUCCCCAGGGAAGAAGGGACUCAUCACCAGGGAAGCCUCUUCCCUCCCCUAACCAGACUCGACCCUUCUCAUAUAUGUCAGCCCUCCCCACUUCUCCACAGCAUGUCAAUUUAACUUCACCAGGAUCACCAACAUACGAACCUAUCAACCAAGCUUAUUCACACAAUGGACACCAUGAACAGCACAUGUCUUCCAGUCAUGAUGUAAGGCCAGUCCAGCCUUCCCAUAAUGCUCAGUACCAGAGGGUCUCGAAAGGGGGCUCUCCAAGCUCGCCUAGGAGGCAGUCUGUUCCUGUCACACCAAUUACUCCACCUUACCAUACAAGGGACAUGAACUUUCCACAGAAUGUAAACCCUUUGCCUCCUUCCCAACAUAAUAUGGUACAUGGCCAAGGACCAGUAGGACCUUCUGUUAGAAAACACAGAGCCCCCAGCUUUCCUGCCCCUCCUCCACCUCACUUUGACAGUAUUAGAUCCCAUGGAGGCAUGCGCUCUCCCUCCCCUCCAUUACCCCCACCACCCUUGGAAAUGGGCAGUAGCCAAAGGGUUCCCAGUCAGCAUUUUGAAUCAAGACAGAUUCCAACACAAGAACCCCCCACACCUCCCCCUAUCUCAAAAAUCCCAGGGACCAGAUCUUCUGUGUCAACCUUUGAGCUGGGUAUGAGAAUGAGGGAGGGGUCGGUGGACACUAGUCCCUUACAGUCCCCCACCCAUCACUCUGGUGGGUCUGGUCUGGCUGCCCAACUCAACAAAGUCCAGCUUAAAGCAGCACCCAAUGAACAACAGGAAAAGAAAACUUCCAAACAGGUUGCCAUGGGGAUAGCUGCUGAGCUAGGGAAGGUACAGCUGCGGUCCAAUCCUAAAGACGUGGCUAAAAGUAGGUCACCAGAAGACAGCCGAGAAACAUCACCAGAAGGACUGCUGCUAAAGCUUAAUCCAGUCAAGAAGACAGAAAGAAUUAAGAGUACCCCAGAGAAAGAUACUGAAGCAGGGGUGAAUUUUAAGGCAGUGUUGAAAUCAACUGGGGGACCAAAACCAUGGGAGAAAGAUACCUCACCUCCAGCAAAUUCUGAGACUUCGGAAGUUGCCAUGAAUGUGAUGACAUCAUCAUUAGAUGAGGAGCCUCUUCCUCCUCCUCCUCUUGAGGAAGAACCUUUUAAUGAACUCCCCCUCCCUCCCCCACCCCUUGAAGAUGAUGAAUGUGACCAGCUCCCUCCCCCUGUUGUCAGUGAAACACUAGUGCCAGGAACACAGGAGAAUCUUAAGAAGAGAAAGAUUUUUGAAAAAGAGAAAAAAGAUACUGGUGACAAUAUGGACAUUGAUCUAGAUGAAAUUGAUUACAAUCAAAUUCCUGGCUAUGUUCCCAUUACAAAUGCUGUUCCUAACUGGAAGAAAGAUAUGAUUAUAAAGAAAAACGAAGAGAAAGUUCGAGAAUAUGUGGAGGAACUGAGGCGGAAAAAAGCAGAGGCACUGAAAUGGAAAGAUGUUCCAGAAUGGAAAAGAAAAAUGUUGGAGAAGAAGGAGAGAGAAAAGCGAGAACAAGAGGAGGCCAUGACACAAGCAGCUCAGCAGAAAGAGAGGGCAAAGGCCACCAAAAUUAAACCUGUGUUACAGAAACGCCAGUCCUUUGAUGACACCCAAACCAACAAUAGCAAUAAUGCCUCCUCUGUUACUAAGAAACCUGUUUCCCCUGUUACUAAGCAACCUGAAACCCCACCUAUUGCUAAGCAACCAGAUAAAUCACCUGUAACCAAGAAACUGGAGACACCACCUGUUACUAAUACUCCAAAGAAUUCAGCUAAAGUCACAAAUGAUGAUGAAUCACAUGAUGAAUGUACUAUGGACGAGUCACAUGAAGACCAGACUUUUGAAGGGGGAUCUAUUGAGGAAUGUGCUAAGGAAGGGUCACAUGACCAGUGUGAUGAGGAAGGGUCAUAUGACCAUUGUGAUGAGGAUAGAUCACAUGACCUGUGUAGGGAGGAUGGGUCAUUUGACCAAUAUGCUAAGGAAGGGUUACUUGACCAAUAUGCUGAAGAAGAGUCACAUGACCAAUAUGCAGAGGAUGGGUCAUGUGACAAGUGUGCUGAUGAUGGGUCACUUGAACAAUGUGAUGAAGAUGGGUCACAUGAUCAGUGUGAUAAAAAUACUAGUAGGUCAUGUGACCAAUAUGUUGGUGAUGAACGAGAACAGGAGGAAAGAAAGAGAGAACAAAAAAGACAACAGAUUGAAAGACAGGCACAAAUGGAGAAAGAAUUGGAAGGCAUUCCAGCAUGGAAGCGUGAAAUCAUGAUGAAAAAAGGGGCAGCUCCAACAAAUUGGGGGGAUGAAAGGGAGGAGAUUAAUCGAGAUGACGACGAAGAAAACGAGGCAAAUCAUGAAUGAAACAAUUCCAAAAAAUUAGGUCAUUUUAUUUUUGUAUAAGUCAUAUUGAUUCCUACACAGUAUCUCUGUUGUCUUUAAGAAGACAACUGUGUACGGGGGUAAACAGGACACAUUUUAUGGUCUGCCAAUUCUUUGUCAUUUGUUGAUCUGUCUACAAAUGUGUGGAAAGUUGGGAGGGGGAAGGGGGGGGGGUGUCAGACAUUAGGGAUCUUAGAAUUGGAUACUUUAUUGUUAUUUUGCAUGAAAUGCUGUUUAAAAAUUUAAUUGUGGUGAUAAUUAAAUUUGUGAAGAUAAAUCUUAAUAUAUUAUGCCUUAAUUUGUUAGUAUUAUAAUAUUAAUGUUUGAUUUUAUCUGUAUACUUGAUACUGAUAUUAAUGAUACACAAACAUUUACUGAUAGGGUAUCAAAAUUUAAAUUGUGUUCUAUGUGCAUAGAGUCUUUCUGCUCAAAAAAGUUAUUUAUUAAGAUUUACUUGCAGUAAAUAAGUAUAAUAUUUUAAAUAUGGAAACUAGUUGAAUAAAGUUGAGAAAUGCAACCUUUGGGUUAAAAUUCUCUUAGAUUUUUGGGGCUUUUUUUGUGUUUUGCUUCAAAGUUUGAUGCUAUAAAGUGCCUUUCCCUAGGCUGCUAUUAUUUAGUGUUUAUAAGGCUUUAUAUCAUUUAAGUUGAAGAAUUGUACUGUAUUCUAUGGUCUUGUAGAGUACAACAUUCGUCAUCCUCACAAUGUCAGGGGUCUGGAGUCAACAUGUUGCCAUUGAACCCCUUACAAAGAACAUUUGAUUUUUUUUCCUGCUUAAUUGCUUCUGUCAUUGAGAAGCACCAAUCAAAUUGAAACUUUUAUAAGUUAAGACAGAUGUGUUAACUUUCUAGAAAGGAGUCAGUUGACACAUCAAAUGCACGUUACAAGUUGUUCAUCACUGAAAAGCUUAAUGUUGUUGGUCAAGAGAUGAGAAAAAACAUCAAGAUUUGCAAACUUCCCUAAAGACGUCGCUGCUAUCAGCUUAUAAAUAUUGAAUGAUCUAUGUCAGGGGUCCAACCGCAAUGAGAUGAUUCAAGACCCCUGACGUUGUGAGGAUAAAAAAAUUUCUGUAUCUGCAUAUACAGCAUAAUUUAUUUUAAAUUUUAUAUGACAUGUACGAAUUUAAGAGGUGUAGGAUAUGAAAGUAAAGGAUGAAAUGUAAUGAAUUUUCAUCUCAUUUGUAUAUGGAAUUCCAGUCAGUCCCUUUUAAUUCUUAUUAAUUCUGUCUUUUCAUUGUUGGAGAGAAAAACAGAUUAAUGCAGUUAAAGAAUGUACAUCUCAAGAAUCAAUAGUUAGUAACUAUAAUUUUCAAUCGAAGGGGCAGUCCAAAAAGACACCCUUUUCCGAUCAUCAGGCAAAACAUUAUGGAUGUAACUUUUUCAGCUUUAAUGAUCCUUGCAUAAAUAUCAUAUGAAUGUAUUGUAAGUGAUGUUUCAGUUUUUGUACUCUAUAGUCUAUGUGCUGAUAAGCUGUGUAUCUCGUAUUUGCUGAAAAAAAGUUUCAUCAAUUGCAAUAUAGUGCAAGAUAUUGUCAAUAAACAAGAGAAGGUAAUUGUGAAAUUCAUUUAACAUUCAAGGAGUGAUUUCCCUUUAAAACCUGACAAAAGGAAGGUGCAGCAUUAUAUUUUAUAUUUGUCAAUUUUGUGUGAAAGGAUGAGAAUAUUAUACUAGAUUUCUCUGAAUAUUUGAAAGUAGAACCAUAUGAAAGCAACUACAUGUAUAUUAUUUUAUUGAUUUUUUUUUUACCUUGUCACUCAUUUUUAUCAAGGUUUUUAAAAUGCUUUAAACAGAUGAGAUGAUCUGCCAAAUAACAAUUUUGACUGAUUUUAUUUUGUUGAUAUACUAAUAUGCUUUAGCAUGCAAGGAGUUAAGAUACUUCGAAAUGCAGUUUUAUAUGCAUUUUAAAUUUAAACGGUGCUUUAUAUCGAUAUAUUUACAUUUUGUUUUUUGUUUUUUUUUCAUUUUAUCAUAGUCUAGAAAACCUUUGUUAGAGUAGUUUUUUUUUCAGUUGAGAAAUGCAGAUAUUUUUAACACUUCAUGAAAUAUCUAGUUCUUGAAUUAUAAAAAUUAGUUCAACUGUCAGUUUGUCUCUGUUUAACAGUUUCUUUAACUAUAAGAUACAAAAUUUGGUCUGACUGUCCAUUUUUUUAAAUACCAGGUUAUACAGUGUAUGUUAAUAUAUCUAUGGAACAGAUAAUGCAGAACUUUGUUAUAUUGUCUGGUCAUUUCUGUAUUAUAGCACUCAUUGGUCAAAUAAAGUCUUCUUACCCUCAUA